CGGAGCAAAGCUGUCGAUCGGCCACAUGGAGGACCUAGCGGCGCCGGGGGCCGGGAGUCUGCCUACCAGUGGCAACGGCAACGGCAACGGCAACGGCAACGGCAACGGCAACGGCAACGGCAACGGCAACGGCAAAGGGAAGUCCGCGGCGCCCAAGGGUCGGGAAGCGUUCCGCAACCAGCGUCGGGAGUCCGAGGGUUCUGUGGACUGCCCAACUCUGGAAUUUGAAUAUGGAGAUGCAGAUGGGCAUGCAGCAGAGUUAUCAGAAUUGUACAGCUACACUGAGAACCUGGAAUUCACUUCCAACAGGCGGUGCUUUGAAGAAGAUUUCAAGACACAAGUGCAAGGCAAGGAAUGGCUGGAAUUGGAAGAAGAUGCCCAAAAGACCUAUGUGAUGGGACUCCUGGACCGGUUGGAGGUGGUUAGUAGGGAGCGGCGCCUGAAGGUGGCCCGAGCUGUUCUCUAUUUAGCCCAAGGCACUUUUGGGGAAUGUGAUUCAGAGGUCGAUGUGCUACACUGGUCCAGGUACAACUGCUUCCUGCUCUAUCAGAUGGGGACCUUCUCAGCCUUCCUGGAGCUACUCCACAUGGAAAUCGACAACAGUCAGGCCUGUAGCAGUGCCCUUCGGAAACCAGCUGUCUCCAUUGCUGAUAGCACAGAGCUCCGGGUUCUGCUGAGUGUCUUAUACUUACUGGUGGAAAAUAUCCGCUUGGAGCGAGAGACAGACCCCUGUGGGUGGAGGACAGCUCGGGAGACCUUCCGCACUGAACUGAGCUUCUCCAUGCAUAAUGAGGAGCCCUUUGCCCUUUUGCUCUUCUCUAUGGUUACCAAGUUCUGCAGUGGCCUGGCCCCCCACUUUCCCAUAAAGAAGGUCCUGCUUCUGCUCUGGAAGGUGGUCAUGUUUACCCUUGGUGGAUUUGAGCAUCUGCAGACUCUCAAAAUACAGAAGCGGGCAGAGCUGGGCCUGCCUCCGUUGGCCGAGGACAGUAUCCAGGUGGUGAAGAGCAUGCGCGCGGCUUCACCACCCUCCUACACUCUGGACUUGGGGGAGUCUCAGCUGGCACCACCACCCUCCAAGCUACGAGGUCGCCGUGGUUCUCGAAGGCAACUCCUCACUAAGCAGGACAGCCUGGAUAUCUACAAUGAAAGGGAUCUCUUCAAGACUGAGGAGCCAGCCACAGAGGAGGAAGAGGAGUCUCCUAGUGAUGGAGAACGUACCUUGGAUGGAGAAUUAGACCUGCUGGAGCAAGACCCUCUGGUGCCACCUCCACCCUCACAGGCACCCCUCUCUGCUGAGCGAGUGACCUUUCCCAAAGGCUUGCCCUGGGCCCCGAAAGUCAGACAGAAGGACAUUGAGCAUUUCCUGGAGAUGAGCAGAAACAAGUUCAUUGGAUUCACCCUGGGGCAGGACACAGAUACCUUGGUGGGAUUGCCCAGACCCAUCCAUGAGAGUGUGAAGACCCUAAAGCAGCACAAGUAUAUCUCCAUCGCAGAUGUGCAGAUCAAGAAUGAAGAGGAGCUGGAGAAAUGCCCCAUGUCUUUGGGAGAAGAGGUGGUACCAGAAACACCAUGUGAAAUUCUCUACCAAGGCAUGCUGUAUAGUCUCCCCCAGUACAUGAUCGCUCUGCUUAAGAUUCUCCUGGCUGCAGCUCCCACCUCCAAGGCUAAGACAGACUCUAUCAAUAUCCUAGCAGAUGUCCUGCCUGAAGAGAUGCCCAUCUCCUCUCUCCAUUGUAGCAUCACUGUUCUCCAGAGUAUGAAGCUGGGCAUCGAUGUGAACAGACACAAGGAGAUCAUCGUGAAGAGUAUCUCUGCUCUGCUCCUCCUACUCCUCAAGCACUUCAAACUCAACCAUAUAUACCAGUUUGAAUAUAUAUCACAACAUUUGGUAUUUGCCAACUGCAUUCCAUUGAUCCUAAAGUUCUUCAAUCAAAAUAUCUUGUCCUACAUUACUGCCAAAAACAGCAUCUCGGUCCUGGAUUACCCUGGCUGUACCAUUCAGGAUUUACCGGAGCUUACUACUGAGAGUCUGGAAACUGGGGACAACAACCAAUUCUGCUGGCGGAACCUCUUUUCUUGCAUCAACCUCCUGAGGGUACUCAAUAAGCUGACCAAAUGGAAGCAUUCCAGGACCAUGAUGCUGGUAGUGUUUAAAUCAGCUCCCAUCUUAAAGCGGGCCCUCAAAGUCAAACAAGCCAUGUUGCAACUUUAUGUCUUGAAGUUGCUAAAGAUGCAGACCAAGUACCUGGGGCGCCAGUGGAGGAAAAGCAACAUGAAAACUAUGUCAGCCAUUUAUCAGAAAGUGCGCCACCGCAUGAACGAUGACUGGGCUUAUGGGAAUGACAUUGAUGCCAGGCCGUGGGACUUCCAAGCAGAAGAGUGCACCCUGAGGGCCAACAUUGAAGCUUUUAACAGCCGCCGGUAUGACAAACCCCAGGACUCUGAAUUUUCACCUGUGGACAACUGCUUGCAGAGCGUGCUGGGGCAGAGGUUGGAUCUACCUGAAGAUUUCCACUAUUCCUAUGAGCUCUGGCUAGAGAGAGAGGUGUUUUCACAGCCCAUCUGUUGGGAGGAGCUGCUCCAGAAUCACUGACAAAGCUCUGCUCAACGAAGUGUCGGAUAGAUGGAGGUUGGCUCCUAUAAAUGGUGCUCCGCCUACCCUACCCAUCCAGCCCUCACUCCCUGCCUAGAAGCGCUUGUCAAGGAGAGGCCAGGCCCAGCCCAAGGCAUCCAGCACAGUUCAGGGUUAUCCUGGAGGACGAUGAGCUUGGAUCCUGAGUUACAACAAGCUGAUCACCUUGCCCCGGGUCAGCUGUGUGUCCUGUAGGCCUGGCAGCCUUGUGGUGGGUUGGUCCUGGAGAGGACUCUUGGAUGAGACCCGCUUUAGUCUUGCCAAGAACCAGGCUGCCUUGGCUGGUUCUGAGAAUGAUGGGACUUGGUGUGGCAUUUGAGCCACUAUUCAUCCCAAAUAGUGGAACAGGUACAGGUCACACAUUAGGGAGAAGAUUUUCUUCUUGCCCACCCUGAACUCCUAGGACUUAUCAGAAUUUUGGCAACUUUAAAAAUUAAUACGAUAUUUUCAAAUUUUUAAUUAUGACACUUGUAAAAUCGUUAGCUCUGAGAAGACUUUAGAGCACCUGCACCUUCUUUGCCAAGGAUAAUGACUUACUAUUCCCUAAACAGUGCAUGUUACGGAAAAGCAUAUUGUGUAGAGUGGUUGUUCCUUUAUUUCUUAAGAUAUCUAUGUUGAAUGUGAAAUUAUUCCCAUGUAUACUCUGUAUAGAGCAAGGAGUGCUCUGCUAUUUAUAAAGAGACACAACCAGUAUGAAAUAAUCAGUCCUUUUUUUCAGGGUGUUUCAUGUUUUUUUGAAAUUACUUCAGUCUUUAAGAUGGCUGAGUACUCCGUAGAAAUUAUCCUUUUUAUCUGUGUCAUUCUUUAAAUGAAAAGUUAAUGAUAGGAGGUUUUAUUGAAAUAGCAUGUUUGUGCUGAUUAAUUUAUUUUUUAAUUGAAAAGAACAGCAAGAACAUCAUAGCUUACA